UGGCGGCGAGUUGUCGCCUCGUCGCCUCGCCGCACCGCCCGCGCCCGCAGUCCUCUCGCCGCGCCGGCUCCGCGCGCUCCUCGCUAACCGCAUCAUGGUAAUGGAUAACAGGAUCAGUGAAGAAAACAAAAAUGAACACAAUUCUUCCAUCUUUGUAACAAAUUUUCAACAUGGAGAAAUAGUCAACUAUGCACUGGUUCUUAUAAAAGGAUUAAUAACAAGAGGUAACUCAAACAAUCACGAUAAGUUAUGGUGUGCCGUGACGCAAUCUGGAUUGACUCGAAAAUCGCAAUGGAAUGUGCACAAUGGAGAAUUUAAAGUGAUUGUGGAAUUGGAUAAAGGCGACAACAUAAUUGAACUUGAAUACGCGGACCAACAACGAAGAACGCUGCUUCUUAAUUAUACGCCUAGAAAAACAAACUUCAGAGUUACCCCAGUAUACAUAAUUUGCCAAGGCCACGAUGGAUGCUUCCAAUGUCCACCUGAUAUAGACAAUUCUAUUGAAAGCGCUUCUGCUCGAAUUGUGAUUGGUUCGAAGUUAAUUCAAAGUAUUACAGCAGAAAAACUUUUUGAGAGUGGUGUCGGACGAAAAACUUUUCAAUUGGAGCAUGAGGUGAAUCCUAAAAAACCAGAAUGUAUUAUUUUCAGAAGCACUUUAAACGUAAACAAAGCGAGAAAAAUGAAACAAGCCGAUUUGUGGGCACACUUUGGUAGAGAACUCAUGCUUUCAGAAUUGGGCAGUAAUGAAAGAAAAUUCUUAGGAUUUAUUUCUUGCACACGAUUUAAAGGUACCGACAUAGAUAAACCUAUGACGCAUGACGAGAUUGUCAAUCUUACUGAAGCUUAUGCUGCAUUGGGCGGGGGAGGCUUAGCUUUGUUUGGAACUGCUUGCUUGUAUACUUGGCCCACAAACGUGAAUGAUAUAGUAUCUAAAUUCUCUGACACAUCACUGGUCAACUCUAAACGUUUUAUGGAUGAUAGUGGAUAUCGCGGGACGCUAGCUGGAUGUUUUGCGACAACAUUAGGAUCGGUUUUUCAUGAACUAGGACACACUUUUGAUCUUGGACAUACUAAAGAUGGGAUCAUGGGGAGAGGUUUCGAUAAUAUCGAUCGCGUCUUUGUUGUUGGAGAGAAGAAAGCAUCUAUCGUUAGAGAUAAUAUGAACAACUACAGUGGCAAACCGGUGCAGCAUUCUACAGUCGCACUACAACGUAAUAUAAGUGUAACGAUGAAUGUCGCAGAACCAUUGCGUGUACUUGGGCCAAGAAGCAAAACUACCUUGGGAAAUUUUGCCUCCAUGUCUAAAUCUGAAAUAGUAAGAAGGAAUCCUAAUGUUACACCCAUAACUAGACCAUCCAGUGUGUAUUCAAAUAUAACGAAUAAAAUGUCAGACUCUAAAAGGAAUAUUAACCGAACAAAUGGAAAUGAUUCCAUAUAUUGGACGAGAAAUUGUGCAGUAUUACUAUCUUAUCACCGAUGGUUUAAUAACGAGUACGGUAGAGAAAGGCAAGCUAUUACGAGAUACUUAAAGUUUGAUAAAAAUAAAAUGAUGAUUAUAUCUACCGCUGGAAUAAGAAUAGUCGAAGUAAGAGACGACUCAAAUGGAAUGGUUCUCGAUUCUUACGAGUUUACUGAUCCCAUACCAGAAAAAAGAUUUUUAGUACCUUUCACAUUUUCGCCCAAGACCAAAGUGUUAACCAUAGUUGUAGAAGAUGAUUUAGGAAAUGUGUUAAAACAAACAUUUUCGUAUUGAAUAUGAAAAUAUCGUGUAACUGAAAUAUGGACAAUAAAGUGAGCGAGAUAAAGUAAAAAAAAUUGAAAUAAGUCUAUAAUUUAAAAGAAAUACAAUUAAUUA